AAGAUCCUUAAAAGUUUAGUUAACAUUAAUCAAUUUGUUUUCUCAUUCUUGGAACUAUUUUUAAUUUGAAGUUAAAUAUGAGUGGCAAAUUUUUGAGCACAAGGAAGCUGAAACACCGUCUUCCUAAAUCGGAAAGUGGCUCGGCUUACAGUUCUCAUGGGAGCUUGAACAGCGAUUUAUCGGGAACAAUUGAUGCGCGCGAGAAGCUCGUAGUGAACCGCAAGUUUAAAGAGGUUGACAAUAACUUGCAACAACUGCGUGAUUUGGAAGAACUGCGAAUGCUGAAAAUGCGCAACAAUCUGCUCUUGGAAUCUUCCUUGCCACCGUACAUUGACACGCGUUACGGACUGGGAGCGGAGUUUGAACAUCGCUCGGAGCACUCAGGAAUUUCACCGACUUUGAUGUCGGGCACUGUGAUCCCAAAACGGCAAUUCGCCAAAGAUUUGACAACGGGAUACCUGCAGUCGUCGGCAGAAAUGUAUUCCGGUUCCGGAGUUCAUGCGAAGCUUGGUGAUAUUCGUGGGCAGUAUGGCAGUGCAAUGGAGAAUCAUCGCGGCUUUAAGCGACUGGCAGAUGAGAUGUCAAUGGGACCCUCAGACAUCGACUAUUAUGAAUUAAAGGCUAAGUGUGAGUUCACAGCGGAGGAUGCUGAGAAUGAUUUCUACGAGGUCGAUGAGUAUGUCGAGUACAAGAUCAAGUCCGGAAGUACCAACUUGGCUUACAGAAACUUGUUCAAGGAGUUCAUUUACCCGCAGAUGGAUUUUGUCUACAUUUAUGACCCGAACUUUAUCUUUCCCCAUCAUACGCACAACCUCGCCCGCUUCAUCAACUUACUGCACAACAGGACCAAAAUCAAGAAGGCCAUCUUAGAAACGAGUCCAAGAACGGUGACCAAAUCCCAAGUGCUGCACGAUUUAGCGGCAUUGCAGAGGGGAGUGAAACCUCUUGGCAUCAAAUUUGAGUUCUUCUGCGUCAAUCUAGACCUGAACAAGAAGCCCUGGAUUCGGUUCGGACGCAAAUGGAAGGUCUCGCUGGAUCGAGGCCUUGACGUUUUCGUUGCACCGCAAAACGCUCUGGAGAGAGAGAAUAUGAACUUGCGCAGGACGCAUGAGUUCGAAGUGUUCGCUGUUAAGUACGCUUCUGAUUGAAAAAAUAAAUUCCGAAAAAGACUUGUUCUGUGCUGUGCAAUAAAAACCGUUGAUUUUGAUUUUGAAUAAAUGAGAAAUAUACUUAGAAAUGUUUUGGUGUUAUAAAUUUAUGUUUGUUAUUGCUCUUGUGACA